AUGACCCAGUCACCAGGUGUAAUGUCACUGCAGAUGGUAUCAGCUAUCAGUAACUCGUCCUUGAUUCAGCCUGGCUUUUCUCUGCUGAAUUUUGGUGGGCAGGUUUUCUUUUUUGGGCAGAAAGGAUGGCCAAAGAGAUCCUGUCCCACUGGUGUUUUCCUCCUUGAUAUAAAACAGAAUGAGCUCAAAAUGAAACCUGCAAUCUUCUCCAAAGAUUCCUGUUAUCUUCCCCCUCUCCGCUACCCUGCUAUUUGCACUCUCAGAGGCAAUGCAGAGUCCGAUAAGUACCAGUAUAUCAUUCAUGGUGGGAAAACACCUAACAACGAUCUUUCUGACAAGAUUUACAUUAUGAGUCUCGUAAGCAAAAAUAGCAAGAAAGCCACGUUUCAGUGCAUUGAGAAAGAUCUGGCCGGAGAUGUCCCUGAAGCUAGAUAUGGACAUACAAUUAAUGUAGUUCACAGCCGGGGAAAAAGCAUGAGUGUUAUUUUUGGAGGUAGAUCAUAUAUUCCUCUUGGACAAAGAACCACUGAAAAAUGGAAUAGUGUGGUUGACUGUUUGCCAUCUGUGUUUCUGGUUGAUUUCGAGUUUGGAUGCUGUACGUCGUACAUACUUCCAGAGCUUCAAGACGGACUUUCUUUCCAUGUUUCAGUCGCCAGAAAUGAUACGAUCUACAUUUUGGGUGGUCACUCGCUUCAAAAUAAUAUCAGGGCCCCCAGCUUAUACAAGCUAAAAGUUGAUCUGCCACUGGGCAGCCCAGCUGUGACUUGCACUGUCUUGCCGGGGGGGAUAUCUGUGUCAAGUGCUGUCGUGACUCAAAUUGGUGAUACGGAAUUUGUCCUCGUUGGGGGCUAUCAGUCUGACAACCAGAAAAGGCUAGUUUGUAACACCAUAGUUUUAGAAGAUAGCAAGAUAGAGAUUGUGGAAAGGGAGAGCCCACAAUGGACACCAGAUAUUAAACAUUGCAAGAUGUGGUUUGGCUGUGAUAUGGGCAAAGGGUCUGUAUUGCUGGGCAUUCCAGGGGACAACAAACAGAUGAUCUCAGAUGCAAACUACUUCUACAUUUUGAGAUGUAGAGGAGCAGAAGAGGACGAGGAGGAAGAACUGACAGCCCAAACUUGCAGUCAGGCAUCUACUGAAGACCUGGGAGACUCCACUCCAUUUGAAGAUUCAGAAGAGUUUUGUUUUAGUGCUGAAGCCAAUAGCUUUGAUGUUGAUGAUACUGACACUUACAAUGAAGAUGAUGAAGAAGAUGAAUCAGAAACGGGCUACUGGAUCACCUGCUCUGCCAGUUGCAAUGUUGACAUUAACACCUGGGUCCCUUUCUAUUCAACAGAACUCAACAAGCCUGCAAUGAUCCUGUGUUCCAGUGGGGAUGGCCACUGGGUCCACGCACAAUGUAUGGAUCUGUCAGAGAGCAUGCUCCUGCGUCUCUCAGAAGCAAACGUCAAGUACUUCUGCAAUGAGCAUGUUGACCUUAAUAAAGGGCUCCAAACUCCCAAGAAGGUGGGGCAACUGAGAAAACAACCCAUGAAACCACUGCGCAAAAAGAAAGCCAUGAAGUUAACACCAGUGAAGAAAUCCUUUCUUCGGAGAUUAUUUGAAUAG